CCCCCUCUCAAAAUAUCUUCUUUUCUCUUCAGCAAGCAAUCAAUUCAUUCUCAAGAGCUAGUCUCCUUCCUUUCCUCCCUUUUUUCUUCGUUUUUUCACCUUUUUGUUUUUGUUUCCCGUACCCAAAGAGCUGUGCUCUGUAAUAUCAUACCAAAAUCUUUACAUUCUAAUCACUCUAUCAAGUUGCCGGUCAACUUUUUAUUAAUUUUUUAUUCACAAAUCUCCUAAUUCACACAAUCCGAAUUAUACCCCUAACGACUAGUCUCUUCUUGCUCAAAUCAGCCAAUUUCAGUACAUUGAAAAUUUCCCCUUUAGUAUUUUGCAUCAAGGAUCUCAAAAUGGCUGCUAUUCAAUUGUCAUUCUCUCUUCGUGUUUCUUCCAGUGUUAAGACCGUUCAUUUACUUGGUAGCUGGGAUAACUAUGCUGGUCAACUUCCACUCGCUAAGGACAAGACUUCUUCCAAAUCUGGUAGCUGGAAAGGUACUUUCAGAUUUCAAGGCACCACCCUUCAACCUGGUCAAAGAUAUUGGUAUUACUACAUCAUCGAUGGAUACCAUGUCUCUCACGACCCUGCCAUAUCAUCGACUACCGAGCCAACUACUGGUCGCGUCCUGAACAUUCUCGAUAUUCCAGUUGAAUCAUCUUCAAGAUCAUCCAAAUCCAGUUCAUCAAGCUCCAAGCAUUCUUCCAGUUCAUCAUCCAAACAUUCCUCACAUUCGUCCUCCCGCAGAGAGUCUCGCCGUGACUCUCACCUCAGCGUUGACAUCCCCAAAGGUCGACCCCUCUCCAUUUCUCAAAUCAAGUCUCCUAAACCCAUGUCUCCACACGCCACCAAGCACAUUCUCGAAGCCGACUACGCUGGCCCAACCGUCGACGAACUCACCGCACGUUUUGGUGUCGCCACUAUGGAAGAGUACGAUUACGAUUACGAUCUUCCAGGAUCACCAUCUUCGUCCGUCGGUUCUACCAUCUCCGACACCAGUGGUACCAGCUCGCCAUCUUCUGCUUCGAGUAUGAGCGAUUAUUCAUCAGGUUCCAACACAUCAGCCUGCACGUGUGAACGAUAUGGAAUUACGAGAAAGGGGGACAGAAUCAAGUUGGAUUGCGGAGGAUCUCGAUGUGGAUACAGCGAUUCCGAGUCAUGUAGCUCUGAAGAUGAGGUUGAGUACUCACGAUCAUCUCGCAGAAAUGGUAUCGUUGUCCGUCGAUGAAUGAACGCUUAAUGAUUUUCCUGGACUGGAAAUACCAACAAAACACCUGGACGCACACAUAGCGCCACGAAGAGAGAGUAGUGCCAUUUAGCCACUCUACGAAUCUUCAUCCUCUGUACACAUAUCACGUCAAGUCUGGUACUUGUCACGAUGUGUGUUUCACGGGAAGCCGAAUCCCCGGCGCAAAAACGAAACGAAUGAUUUAUUCACGACUUUCAUGUACAUUUUUUAAUGGAGUAUUGUUUACUCGGUCUGUUUUUUACCAAGGAAAAACCCGAAAAUCAAUUACUUUCUUUUACACACGACAAGUUUUCAUUGAACCCUUUUCAGUCCUUCCUCACUUUGGGGAAAGAAAAGAGAGGGUUACCACAUGAAGAGGAGGAAAAGGGGAAGACAAAAUUGCCAUAGGCCUAGGGAGAAGAGUGAUAGGCACAGGAUGACGAUAGACGCAUGCUCAUGAUGAAAUGAGAGAUGAUGGGUCUUUUUUUUUGGGGAAUGAAACUUGAUGGUCAUGAUUCAUGAUGAUGAGAAAUAUUGACAUGAGAGAUUGGAUGAUGAUUACGUGUCAGAUCAUGAUAACGAAGUGAUAGAUAGAUAGGAUAGAGGACAGUUGAAUCUAUUCCUUACCAAUU